AUGUCUGCUAUAGAAUACAAUAAUUUGCUUUUCAAAAUAAGCGAGAGACUGAACGAGCUGAAUGUAGGAAGACAAUUGCUUGUUAUGUUCAGAGGGAAGGUGGCGCCUCGCGAUGAAGAAAACAUGCAAGAUGUCUUCCCGUUGUUUGUAGAGUUGGAGCAGAAUGGUUUUCUUGGUGCAGAUAAAUUGAAUAUUUUAAAAGAUCUUUUAAAAGGCCUUGAAGAAUGGUCACUUUUUGGGAAUGUCAAAUCGUUCGAGAGUAAACGAAAGGAAUACAACAGCUUGCUGGAGAGAAUUAUUCAUGUUCUAGACGAGCUCGAUUGUCUCGAACAGCUUGUCGCCAUUUGCAAUGAUCGGAUACCGGAAGAAAAGCAUAGCAGCAUACAAGAUGUUAGAUCACUGUUUCAGGAGCUGGAAAACAAUGACUCUUUAGGGAUCGAUCACCUUGAAGUCCUGAAGGAGAUUUUGACCCGACAGGAGAAAACUGAUUUACUUCGGGAAGUGGAGGAAUUUGAAGACGGAAAAAACCAAGAGGAAGAAUUUGAAUGGCGAAAAGGUAUUGUUACCGUUCUAGAUUCUUCUUUGGGUAUAUCCUCACGAUCCGUCGCGGCGGUUUUUACUGAUUCUACUUAUUUCUCCCCCUUAUAACCUGUUUUAGGACCAUUUUUUGUACUCAGAGGGACCAAACGAAUGUCUACUGUCUCAAUAUAUAAUUACGAAAUAUUUCAUUUCUCUUUAAUUAAAUUGUUCUACCUAAGUCAUGUAAUAUUAUUAAUUACGAACUGUCUACCCCGCGUCCAAGUCCGAUCUUACAUACCUGUACAAUGUUUCUUAGACCGCUGUUUUAAAAGGAAAUAUACGUCUAAGCCUGUAAGUGUUUAUGAUUUCUUAGAGAGGCAAGACCGUAAAAUUCUCAGAAAAGUUUCUAAUGCUAAAGGACAUCCACUUUUAUCUAUUAUGCCUCGUGUUGAACCCACAGUGGUCCAGUUACAGUCUUAGGAAAGAAACUUGUUUUAGACCUAAGAUUAACACUAUGCGUUUUAAAAGCUCUAGUUAUUAAUCGUUGAGUUUUUAAUAUGAAUUAGCUAUGCAAUAUACUAGAUUUUUUAAUUCUCAUUUUUUACCUUUUUAAAAUCUUACACUUUCUUGUAACGAAAGAUAUGUAUUUUUAUCUUUUGAUGAAUAAAGAGUUUAUUAUUAUUAUUGUUAUUAUUAGUAUUAGUAUUAUUAUUUUUAUUAUUAUUAUUAUUAUUAUUAUUAUUAUUAUUAUUAUUAUUAUUAUUAUUUCAGCACAAGCAGCUGCGAUAGCGUCGUCGGCCAGCAGCAAUUUAGCUGGAGGUAAGUUGCGCUCGUAAUUAUUAAGCUCCAUGCACAGAACGGGAUUUCCACCGCCCCCCGCUGGGAAGACACGGUCUCUUGAAUAGAGACAAAGAUCUCAGUCCGGUGAUUUUUCUCAUAAGUGACAAGUAUAUGUUAAUUUUGUUAGGAUUGAUUAGAUCUUCUGUUUAGUACUGAUAUAAAAUAUUUAGACACUGGCAAACUGUUUAACAUUUCACGACUAGUGAACCUAUUUUAGGACUCUCAGUCAUAGCUAUAUCUUGGUUUUAAUGCUUCUUCAGAUCAGAUAGCUGAUAGACUUCAAAACAGUCUGAACUUUUCAGUGCGCAAUUGAAGAACGUGGAAGCGGUCAAUGAACAUCUGGAGAGAGAGAAAGCCGCGCACGCUCAAGCGCCAGUUCCAUUGGCUGCCUAUCAAACAGAUUUAAUUGAUCGCAGAGACUCGGUUAUGGCAUAUAGCCUUUCAUAGAUUUCCACUCCUGCAAAUCAAGUACAUAGCGGGGGUACUCCUGGGAAUUCUUGGUGGGGGUGUGCCGCCCGGUCCUCCAACACCUGACCCUGUUCCAGACCAAAAAAUAUAAUUUCCCACACCCGUUUUCAGACCAGACCUCUAAAAUCCAUACCCGUUUUCAGACCUGACCUUUAGACAGAAAUUAUGUUAUCACUGUACUUAGACUAGAGCGCAAACAAAAAAAUUCUUCAAAUCCGUUUCGAGUUCGCAUACUUCUCUUUCUUUCUUACUCAGUUGGAAUUGAAACGAUGAAUACGUUCAUACACUCCUGUAGUUCCCUCAAAAACCAUACCCGUUUCCAGACCAAAAUGGGCAACGUGUAUACCCGCUUUCAGACCAAAACGGCGCAAAAACCCUACCCGAUGGGCCAGAACAUACCUAUAUAGCUUAUAUAAAGGAGUACCCCCGGGGUCAAGUCUUGCAUUGUUUGUUUAAAAAAGAGUUCAGAGGACAUUUUUUGAGACUUUAUUACUAUUUUGGCUUAAAAUUGUUAUUGUCUUCCUUGAUUUUCAGUUCUGAACAUAAAGACAUUGUUCAAAGUGGCUGCAGGGGGUACAAUUAUAGCGUCUGCCUAUCAGCUACUGAGGCGUGGCUGCACAUAUGAUCAGUUCGUAACUGCUGUUAAUACCUGCGUCCUUCCUGCUGGCGUUAAACUGAUGCAAAUAGCUGAAGGGAGCGUGAUCCUCAAAGUUCAAGCCGAAAACAUUUCAGCUCUUAACACCUUGUGGUGUUUAUACACAGACGGGGCGCUUAAGGAAUCCCUGCAAGCUUUGUUUUUCAUUGAUGAAUUGAGAGAACUUAUCGGGGAAGAACAAGUGGAAGUGAUUGUGACCAUCGACGAAGAGGAAUACGAUAAAGCCCGUGAGGAGUUAAUGAGAGAAGCACAAGGUGUUUUUUUUUUCUAGUUUUCCAGUUAACAUUAACGCACGGAUGAUACGUAAUUUCAUCUUUCAAACUAGAAAAGUGUUAGAAGAGGAAAAUCAUUUUAAUUUUUGUUGUGAACUUGGGUAGCACUGAACCCGGAAAAAUCACUACAUGAUUAGAUGGGUAUUUUGGAUCGUCUGUUUUCCUUACGUCAGUUGGCUCUCUUUUCACAUGCAGAAGCUUCUUUGGGUUUCAGGAGGCUGAGAAGAGAGAAAAAGAAAGCGCCAGUAGGGACUCGUUUCCCUCUUUCCAACGUUCCCCGCGCGUCUACAAUAAUUAUUUUUAUUAUUAUCGUUUUUUUUUUCAUGGAAUCCCUGAGGGAGCCUCUGUCUAGGAGACAGAGAGAGUUCUGUUCAUUAUUUUGUUUUCCUUUACACUUGGUUUAAUUCUAUCAUGUAAAGGUCCUGUUGUGCAGAUGGAGGAGUGGCAGGAGAAAGUCGCUUACAUUCAGAGUUAUUUAGCACAAACCAAGGAUAUCGAUACUCAAAGCUUCACAAAAGAAACAAGCGACAGUGGAAUAUCGAGAUCACAUGCUGUUCCUUCUGAACUUGGCGGACCUGAGGAAGCCAGCGGUAAGAUUUCACUAAAGUUAUUGUUAGAGGUUGUAUUCAAACUGAAGUCUAAUGAACAAUUAUUCCUCGAGCCCGAAUGGGCUCUGAGUCAAUAGCCCAUGAGGCCAAAGGCUGAAUGGGCUAUAUUGACUCAGAGGCCAUGAGGGUGAGUGGAAUAAUUGUUUUAGAAAAAUCCAUCUAGUUGAUCAAAAAUAUCGAGACAAAACAACUUUAGCUAGCAAAACGUAAUUCAGCCGCCAUUGUUUUGAUUUUCAAAGCCGGCUCUUUUCGCUACUAGUGGGCUAUAACAUAUAGCCUAGUAGUAGCUCAACCAGUCAGAACGCAGCAUUGAUACUAAUUCCUGAUAUGUGAGAUUGACACGUCAUCAAGUUCAAGCGCGACUGCCUCAAGGCAAACAAUGCAGAAUAUUGUUAUGGCAACUAUCGAAUUAUCUCUUGAAAAGACUGAAUUAAUUCCUCAAUUUUUGGACCUUUCCGAAAACUAUCUUCCGAUUGGUUUCAAUUAAUUGGUCUAAAAAUAACUUUGGUGAAAUUCACAUAUCCCAAGGGCUACACAGGGCUCAGGCCUCUCUGAGCCGUUAUUCUCUCUUGGUUUAAUCUACUGAGUUGAUAAUAUAAAGAAAGGUUAGACGCUGACCUCACGAGCGCUAGCUGAGGUCAGAUUAAAUCAAUUCGCUCUGACGAAGAGAAAGCACUCUGAGAGUUAGCACUUUUUUUGAAACUGUAAUUUCUUUACCCACGAAUCGACGCACUUAGGAGUUCUUAUGAACUCGUUUAAACGACGAGGUGAUUACUGCUUUUAUCAUUUCGCUACACUAUUUUUUCUGCUGGGGGAAAUUAACUAGUCGCAUUUCCUAUUUUUCCCUUCUUUCUAGAUUCCAUUUUCAAUCUUUGCUUAAAAGAUUUAGAUAGUACAGUGACGGAAGAAUUGGCACGUAGACUCCGAAAUGACCUGACUUCUCUGCGGCAAUUUUGCAAGGCAUUUGGACUGGACCCUGAGAAACUGAACCCCAACAGGCUGCAAAGAAUAAGUGAAUUGUUUCCAGACACCCCAAUCAAGCUGUUAAGAGACGUUUUUGAGGAACUGCAGUUAAAUGAUCUUGUAGAGUUCCUAGAGAAAGUGAAACCACGCACGCUUCUUCCUUCUGUUCCCCUGGAAGAAGUGAGGAAGUUCCUAAAUGCCACUGAACGACCUACAAAGUUUUACAGCCAAGCAGAGGUUUUAAUAAUCGCGUACACUGACAAGACAGAUUCUGUAGACGCAUGUUUUGAAAACAUCGGAUCUUUUUUCGAAGAUCUUUUUUACAUUCAGAGAGCCAGAUAA